CGGCCACGCCCCCGACUCGACAACAACAGCUGAGGCCACGUCAUUUUUCUGCCAUCUUCGCACUUCGGAGCAGCGACUGCCGUCGAAAUGAACAUUUUUCGGCUCCUCGGCGACAUUUCGCACCUGCUGGCCAUCAUCGUGCUGCUGCGCAAGAUAUGGAUGUCGCGGUCGUGUGCCGGCAUCAGCGGCAAGAGCCAGGUGCUGUUCGCCAUCGUCUACACCACCAGGUAUCUCGAUCUCGUCACCUCGUACAUCUCGCUCUACAACUCGGUCAUGAAGGUGGUCUUCCUGGCCGCCUCCUAUGCCACCCUCUACCUGAUGUACGCCAAGUUCAAGGCCACCUACGACCACAACCACGACACUUUCAGGAUUGAGUUUCUGAUCGUGCCUGCCAUCGGUCUUGCUCUCCUCAUCAACCACGACUUCCAAGUUUUGGAGAUUUUGUGGACAUUCUCGAUCUACCUCGAGUCGGUGGCGAUUCUGCCGCAGUUGUUCAUGGUAUCGAAAACGGGCGAGGCCGAAAGCAUCACGUCGCACUACCUUUUCGCAUUGGGCAUGUACCGAGGACUGUAUCUCUUCAACUGGAUUUACCGCUACUGGGCCGAGGACCACUACGACCUCAUCGCCAUCGUGGCCGGUGUGGUGCAAACCGUUCUCUACUGUGACUUCUUUUACCUUUACAUCACAAAGGUGUUGCGAGGCAAGAAGUUACAGUUACCAGCCUAAGCGCAGCAAGAGAAGCACAAGGGCUUGGUCUAGGUGCUUUGAGAGGUCUGCACCCUUUUAGUCCCCAACUUUGCCAAUUUCGGAACCAAGCCCGGCAUUACUUCACGUUAAUUAAUAACUUAAUUAAUUAUUUGAGAAAUUGUCAGGCGCACUUGAUAAUAUGUAAACAUUUCAACAGGUUGUUCACUAGGUUCCAUUUUUGAAUGCACGUCGUGAGUCAUAAUGUUUUAUCGUUUUGUAAUUGUCGGCCAUCGAUGCACGCGCCUCCGUGCAUUCUGUGAUUCGGCCAGUCCAAAGAAUUAAAUUUCCAACGCCAUUUGUAGCAAUAUUCGUAGAGGAAAAUAGAAAAUCCGUAGCGCAACAAGUCUUGUGUCUCUCAAGAGCAACCGAUUCGAUAAUAAUUUCCGAGCCGCCUUAAAUUACUCUAUCGGCUCAGCAAACUGUAAUAAUUCCUUCUAUCGUCUCCCGAGUGAAAAUGCAGGUUGGCUGAUAUUUUGUACUUCUUAAUUUUGUGCCGAGUGGUUAUUAUUUCUGAUGAGAAAGUCUAGCUUGAGAAUGAGUGCCAGUUAAGGGAGUGAAGAAGAAAAACAAACGAGUUUUGUUUUAAGUCUGUUUGUUUGCGAGUGCGCGUGAAUUUAUCAUAAUUUACCAAAUAAAAGGGACGUCUUAUGUGUAAUUCAUCAUGAAUAAAGCUUUUAAAAUAAAAAGUA